AUGGACAGCGGCAGCAUCUCUACACUGACUUUGAUUAUCCUAUUCCUCAGCUGCUCAUUCUAUGCUGAGGACAUUACAGAUGAUCUCUCCUGCCCAGAGUACCAGGAGAGCUUCGAUGACUCUUGCUAUGAGUUUGUUGGCCUGCAGCGAUCCUUCCUCAGUGCCCAAGGCUGGUGUGAGCAAGGCGGAGGACACCUUGCUUUCAUCCUGAACGAUGAAACGCAGCAGUUUCUUCAGAAGCACCUGCAGCCAGAGAAGGACUGGUGGCUGGGGCUUGCACCUGCUGCUCCAAACCUCACACUGGACACUGACGGUUCCCUUGCGUGGUUGGAUGGCUCAGAUAUCAGCUACAGUAACUGGGUGAAAACUCCUGAUACCGAGGCAGCCUGUGGGUUCAUCCUGAGACAUUCAGGCUUCCAGUGGGAAGCCACGGAGAACUGUAGCCAAGAACAUAAUUUCAUCUGUCAGUUUGAUUCUGGGAGAUCUAUUGCCUGUGAUGGCCAAAAUGCCACACUGCAAUGCCAGUCGGGUCAAAUCAUAGAGAUAGACGAUAGCUUCUUUGGCCGGAAAACAAUUCACUACUGUAGAUCCAAACUCACAGACUCACCAACAAAUUCCCAAGAGGAGUGCACCUGGAUUGAUGUUGUAGAUUCUGUAACAGCUCAUUGCCAUGGACUGCAGGCCUGCCAGGCUCCAGUGGAUGUGAGCUCAUUUGGUGAACCAUGCCCUGCACUGGGAAGUUAUCUGUCUGUGGAGUACCGCUGCAAACAUGGACUCCACUUAUUCAUGAGCAAACUGGCCGCCGUCUUCGAUAAUGUCACCAUCACUGUAAAGUGGCUCCUUCAUCCAUUCCAGGGAAACCUCACAUGCACAGUGAACGCUGGAGAUGGACACACAAUUGAUCCAUACAGUCCAGAAGAAAUGGAGAGCACUGUAAUACACAAGUUUAACCAUGCUGGAGUUUUCAUGGUUGAAGUGGAGUGCACUACAAAUGACUGGCAUGUUACAGCCCAGAAAUCAAUAACCAUCCAGGAGCCUUUGGGAGAGUUUGGUGCCAGCAAGUGCUAUAGCCAGAACAUUUCAACAGGUGGCAGUAAAUGCAACGCUGUGUAUGGAAGUCUGGUCCAGAUCCAAGUUUUAGUAGAGAAAGGUACAAAUGUGACCUACAUAAUUCAACAUGGAGGCCAUUCUAUGGUAAACUCAUCAGUAGACAGAGGGAACAUGCCUCACAACAUCACACUGAGCUCUGCUGCAGUGGAGAAGCUUGGUCGAGGCUGCCACAACCUGACUCUAUCUGCAUCAAAUAAGAUCACACCCCACACAGUGUCUGCCAAUCUGGAACUGUGUCUGCUGGAGCCCAUGGAGGGUCUACAGGCCUCAGUGGCCGCAGAGGAGGGGGAAUGUCCAGACUCCACUGAUCUUACCAUCAGUGUUUCAUUAGAGCAAGGAGCCCCAGUGCAGCUCCUCUUCUCUUUGACUGGAGACAAGGACACAAUCUCUGAGCACAGAAACAUGCUCAAUGGCAGCCAACAAUCCUUCACAUUCUCCUCCCCACUGGAAGGAUCUCUGAAAGUGAACGUGCAGGCUAUGAAUGCAAUCUCAGCGUUUGAUGUAGAUGUGGACUUGGACAACAUACUUCUUGCUUGCCAGAAUUAUUCAGAUCGACACGAAAACGCAACAGGAAACCUAACAGACAAGAACUCCUACGAUGUAGAAAUCACUGCUAUCCCAGGCACCUUGGUCGACUACACUCAGAAUGUGACACUGAGGAUAGCUGAAACUGAAUUAUUACCAAGCAAAGGAAUCGCAUUUGAAUGGAAAUGUAAGGGAAACUGCAAAUGCAGAAACAAAACACAUGAUGAAACUCACGUUAUUGAAAAAGAUUGCCUGCCUGAUCCAUUUGAGAUUUACAAAUACACUCUAAGUGUGAAGAGGACAGCUUGGUUCAGGAAGUGGGUCAACCUUGCUUCUGUUUCGAAGUGCAUCACUGUUACGCCACAGGAAUUCACAGAUAUCAACAUCAGAUGUGAGAAUUGCACUGCCAUAAAUGUGAACAGCUACGUAAAACUAAAGCUGAGCUGUGGUGCAACUUGUCCAGACAUAGUUUGGUAUAUGGAAGACCUCAGACCAUUGACUGGUAAACUUGAAAAAUGUUACUCUAACGCGGGAAGACGGCCUCCUAUUGAGAAGCAGGAAGGAAACACUGAAUAUACUGUUCAAAACCAGUAUCUCCAACUCUCAAGGGAUACAAUGCACAAAAUCACAGUGGUUGCUUAUGGUAAGAUGGAGCCAGGUUUUGCCAAGUACACGCUUCCAAUCCCAGGUCCUGAACCAACUGAACCACCUCCAAACUCAGUGGUGACGACUGACUCCCCUACAGAUCCCGGCAGCCCCUCAUGUAGCAUCUCUCCAUCAUCGGGAACAGUGCUCGAUGCAUUUAACAUUACCUGCAAAGCGAGUUCGUUCUGCUCAACAGGCUGUCUUUACUGCUUUAAAACAGACACAGGAAAACAUCUGCGCUGUAGUAAUACAAAUGAAGUGAAAUCUGUCUUCCUGCCUCUUGGAGAUGAGAACAACAACUACACAGUGUCUGUUGUGGUGACUGUGAAAAAUGAACAGAUGAAAGCCUCCACCACCAUUAGCACUCAGGUGCGGAAAAGUAACUCCAGUAGCUCUGUGGAGGCUCUGCAGUCUGCAGUGCAGGAUACAGUGACUCAGUUGGAGCAGCAGGGUCUGCUCUCCGGUGAAGCUCUAGGACAAAUAUUUAUAUCAGUGUCGGAUAUGCUGAACACAGAAGCUGGUGACGAGCAGAAGGAUGCAAGAAAAGAGCUAAGAGAGAAAAUGUUAUCCAAAAUGACCACAGUUCUGUUGGAGUCCCCCAGUAACACAACUCAGGAAGUGCAAGUGACAGCCAGAGCUGUGGCUGGACUCACCCAAUACUCAGACGAACUCACUCCUUCUGCUCAGGAAGAGGCAGGUUCACUGUUGGUAGACCUUAGCUCCUCCCUCAGCGUUAUCAGCAUUAAUCAGAAUGGUGGGGAUGGUGGAGAAGUUGUGCAAGCAGCGGCACCAAUAGUUGAAGCAGCGAGUAAUAUAUUGAACGUUUCAGCAAAUAAAAAAGUCUCAGAGUUUCUUCUAACUGGAAUAAACAACGUUCAAAGUGCUUUGCUGAAUAAUAAAAAGAUGAAUGGAGAGCCUGCCAUCAUUGAUUCCGGUCAGAUCAGUGUUUAUGUCAACAGAGUAACACCAGGAACAAUGCAGAUGCAGGAUAUAAACGUCCAGAAAAACAGCUCCUCCAGAUUUAACUUCCCUGUACUUCCUGCUCAUAUCGUCUCUCCAGAGGAGCCAGUGGAUGUGAGAAUGAUGAGUUUUGAGAAGAAUCCUUAUUCAUGGAAAGAGGCAAACAUCACAGGAACUGUUGGGUCUGUCUCUCUAACCAGAGUAGAUGGCACAAUCAUUCCUGUAGAGAACUUGCCUGAGGAGAUCGAGAUUCUCCUCCCGAGGCUUGACGUUGGGCAGGAGAACAGCACCGUUCUAGACUUGGCCAAUUUCAGCACAUUAAUAAUUGACGUCCCCUCGCCUGAUGUAACACUGGUGCUGAAAAUGGAGCCCUCUGAAGACAUUUCCUUCAAGCUAUUCUUGGGAUACAAAGGCUAUCCAGAUGAUGAGAAUUAUGUUGCCAAGACUCAGGUCCCUUUGGAGAAUUCAAGAGAGGAGGAGAGGUAUACCUGGGUGCUGGGACCCAAAGACAGGACAGGAGACGUCGGAGUGCACUACCUAGUUUUGAAGCCCAUUGUAGAAUCAGGUGUUAAAUCCAUCAAUGCCACAGUCAGUGUUAUCACCAUCGCUGCCCAGUGCAAGUACUGGAAUGAAACUGAGUCUUCUUGGAGUGAAGAUGGCUGCCGGGUUGGACCCCUCACCACUCAUUCAGUCACCCAGUGCCUCUGUAACCACUUAACUUUCUUUGGAAGCUCUUUCUUUGUGAUGCCGAACUUGGUGGAUGUGUCACGCACUGCAGAGCUUUUUGCCACUUUCACAAACAACCCUGUGGUGGUUUGUUUCGUGGGGGCCAUCUUUGCCGCUUAUCUCCUUGUGGUGGUGUGGGCACGAAGGAAGGACAUUCAGGACUCAGCUAAGGUCAAGAUAACAGUGCUCGAAGACAAUGACCCCUUGGCAGAGUAUCGCUAUAUGCUAAAUAUCAGUACAGGGCAUCGUCAUGGUGCAUCAACCUCCUCUCAGGUGACAAUUACUCUGCUGGGUACAGAGGGAGAAAGUGAACCCCACCACCUGACAGAUAAUGAGAAACCAGUGUUUGAGAGAGGAGGAGUGGACAUGUUCCUGCUGACCACUCAUUUUUCUCUUGGGGAACUGCAGAGCAUCAGACUGUGGCACGACAACUCAGGACCCCACCCUGCCUGGUAUGUGAACAAAGUGGUGGUGCAGGAUCUGGAGAGUGGUCAGAAAUGGCACUUUCUGUGCAACUCCUGGUUGGCUGUAGAUGUAGGAGAGUGCACUCUUGACAAGGUGUUCCCAGUAGCUACAGAGAUGGAUUUGAAGAGAUUCAGUAACCUGUUCUUCAUGAAGACAGCCAAAGAUUUUCGUGAUGGCCACAUCUGGUUUUCUGUCAUCAGCCGACCUCCUUGCAGCACUUUCACUCGUGUACAGCGAGUGUCUUGUUGUUUUUCACUGCUGCUGUGCACCAUGCUCACAAGCAUCAUGUUUUGGGGGAUCCCCACAGACCCCUCUGAGCAGACCAUGGACCUGGGUCACAUUGAGUUCACCUGGCAGCAGGUUAUGAUUGGAAUUCAAAGUUCAAUCAUCAUGUUUCCCAUAAAUCUCCUUAUUGUGAGUAUCUUCAGAAACACUCGUCCUCGAGAAAAGGCCACCAAAGCAGACACGUCCAAGCAGGGAAAGACAGUUCGAGUCUCUCCCUCACAGACGUCUUCUCCGCAGAAGGAGCUGAAGGACAUCACAGCAGACACUGUGAUCAAGGACAUAAAGAGAAUAGCCCAGUCACUGUCAAAGGCCAUGAAGAGUCCUCUUCCUCAUCUGGAGCUGAGGCCUGGGCAGGAGGCUGACAUCAAUACUCUGCUGUCUUUAGUAGAGGACAUCAUCCGACAGCAGAACCGACUGACUGGAGACUUCUACACAGACACAUCCAAACGAGAGCGCUCCAUGAUCCUCACUUUGGGUUCAGUCAACCUGCAAGAAACCAGUAUGUGGGGGAGCCCUGAGAAGAAGAAAAGCACCAACAGCCGUUACCUGUACCGGCAGCUGCGCCAUGUUGAGAAGGAGCUGGGUCUGCUGGGACCUUCUCGUUUUCCAAGCCCAGACAACUUCAGUCGAGCUGUGCAGCAAGUGCAAGGCAUGAAGUCUCUUCUGGAGUAUCACCUGCCCUCAUCCAGUCUGGAAGGAGACCAGUUCGACCAGAGCCCUAGUCCUGAAGAGAGCAUCAAUGGGGAUUCGACCAAGAAGAGCAGCCAAAAAGGGCUGCCUUGGUGGUUUGUGUUUGUCGGAUGGAUCCUGGUGAUCGCAACCAGCGGUGUGUCCGGAUACUUCACCAUGAUGUAUGGACUGACUUAUGGGAAGGACCGCUCUAUCAGCUGGCUGAUCUCCAUGGUUGUCUCCUUUUUCGAGAGUCUGUUUAUUACCCAACCUCUUAAGGUUCUUGGUUUUGCAGCUUUUUUUGCUCUUGUGCUGAAAAAAGUUGACCAAGAGGAGUACGGAGAGCCUCAGAUAGAUGAAAGUCUCAUGAAUCAAGAUGACCCUGAUGCUGUGCGCAUUGCAAGAAGAGACAGCACAUGCAGUUUUUAUCACCCUCCGCCUCCCUCUGACAUAGAGAAGAUGAGGAACAACAUGAUUAAAGAGCAGAAAGUAUUCAUCCUCAUCAGGGAGAUUCUUGCCUACAUGGGGUUUAUGUGGAUGUUACUCCUGGUGGCGUAUGGUCAGCGAGACCCCAAUGCUUACUUCCUGACCCAACACAUUCGUCAAAGCUUCAGCAAAGGAAUCUCAGAUACGAUGAGCAUUCAAGAUGUGUUUAACUGGGCAAACGCAACACUGUUGAGCAACCUGUUCGGAGAGUACCCAGGAUUCAUCACAGAUGGAAACUCAAAGCUGGUGGGUAACGCUCGUCUUCGCCAAGUCAGAGUCCAGAAAAACUCCUGCCACAUUGCUCACUCCAUGAAGCAGUCUGCGCAGGACUGUCAUGCUCCAUACUCAUGGGAACUGGAGGAUAUGGGCUCCUAUGGUCCCAACUGGAGUGUCUCAGUGGCAGAUAACACCUCACAGAACCUGGACAGUCCAUGGACUUAUCAGUCCCAGCAUAAACUGAGGACCUCACCCAUCUGGGGCAGUGUGGUGCUCUACAGAGGAGGAGGCUUUGUUGUGGAUCUGGGGCCAGAUUUACAAAACUCCAGCAGGACUCUUCAGUACCUGUAUGACAGCACCUGGUUUGAUGUGUACACUCAGGCCAUCUUUGUUGAGUUCACUGUGUACAAUGCUAACGUCAACCUCUUCUGCAUUGUCACCCUCAUGCUGGAGACCACAGCCAUCGGAGCCUUCCAGUUUCGCAGUGAGCUUCAAAGUGUGCGUCUUUACCAGUCGACCGGCGGCCUUCACAUCUUUGUCAUGGCCUCUGAAGCCAUCUACUUCCUGUUCAUCAUCUAUUAUAUGUUUGUUCAGGGGAAGCUGAUGAAGCAGCAGAAAUGGGCUUAUUUUAAGAGUAAGUGGAACCUGCUUGAACUGGCCAUCAUCAUCCUCAGCUGGAGCGCCUUGUCCGUGUUCAUCAAGAGGACUUUACUGGGGAAACGGGACAUGGAGUACUACCAGAACAACAAAGACCAAUAUGCCAGUUUCCAUGAGACAGCGCAUGCUGAUGCAGUGCUGGGGUAUCUAAUUGCCUUCCUGGUGCUUCUGGCUACAGUCAAACUGUGGCACCUGCUGAGACUGAACCCCAAGCUGCACAUGAUCACAGCCACGCUGCAGCGAGCCUGGACUGAUAUUUCAGGCUUCCUGGUGGUCAUGACCAUCAUGUUCCUGGCUUACUCCAUUGCUUCUAACCUGAUGUAUGGAUGGAAGCUGUACUCAUACCGAACUCUGCUGGAUGCUGCUCAGACCAUGGUCAGCCUGCAGCUUGGCAUUUUCAACUAUGAAGAGGUUCUGAAUUACAACCCAGUUCUCGGUGCUUUCCUCAUCGGCUCCUGCAUCGUGUUCAUGACAUUUGUUGUGUUGAACCUCUUCAUCUCCGUCAUCCUGGUGGCAUUCAGUCAGGAGCAGAUACAUCAUCAGCCAUCAGAAGAAGAGGAGAUUGUGGACCUGAUGCUGAUGAAACUGUGCAGUUUAUUUGGCGUCAAAUGUAAGAAACAAGGCAGCGACGGGGUGAUGGGUUCAUCUGCCUCCAAGAACAGGCUCUCAAUGAUUUCACUGGGGAAUGUUAAUCCGGGGUAAUGCAUCAAACAAUAUAAAGUUUAUUAUUAUAAGACCUACAGUACAGUGUGCUUUGCUUCAGUGGUUACAUAUUGUGUUUUUGCUUUGUGACUAAACAAUAGAGCUUUUAAAUCUAUAUAUUUCUGGCAAUGUUAUUCGUGUCAAGCUGCAUCACUAAGACAGUAGGAUCUGAUGAAUGUAAUCAAGACACUAUUUGAUGUGCUGUUCAGCAAAUAAAGCUGUAUUUCUGUGGGGGAAAAAAAAAAAACUUGCACAUAAAGCCUGUCUUCUG